AUGACAAAUGACUAUGAUACAAGAGAUAUCUUGAGGCCAUUGGUGUUCCGUCUCCAUGAGAAAGUGCCUGCAAUAGUCCGUGAGGUUUUACUGGAACGUGGCUGGACUGAAUUUGACCAAAAGGAGCAAGAUGAUGCAGACUGGAACUUGUACUGGCGGAACUCACCUUUCUGCAUGACAGACCACCACAGCAUUAAACCAUGGCAGAGGCUCAACCAUUACCCAGAAGCUAUUCGGAUCACCAGGAAAGACUACUUGGCAAGGCACCUGAAACGUAUGAAAGGAGUAUAUGGAUCAGCACUGUAUGAAUUUAGUCCAGUGGCAUUCAUCAUGCCUAAAGACUAUGUCAAAUUUAUAGCAGAAUACAGCAAGGAGAGACAGGCAGGAGGCAGAAGAAGUAGCUACUGGAUUUGCAAGCCUGUAGAUCUCUCCCGUGGAAGGGGCAUACUCAUUUUCCAAGAUGUUAAAGACUUAGCAUAUGACUGUACAGUCAUUGUCCAGAAGUACAUUAGUAAUCCCUUGCUUAUUUCAGGAUAUAAACUGGAUCUGCGUCUUUAUGUGUGUGUCACCAGUUUUUGCCCCCUCACCAUUUACACUUACGAAGAAGGACUGGUGAGGUUUGCCACUGAGAAGUUCGACCUUGGUUCUCUGGACAAUGUCUAUGCCCACCUAACAAACACUAGCAUCAACAAAUAUGGAGCUUCAUAUAAAAAGUAUAAGGAAGGGAUUGGCUGUGGCUCUAAAUGGACAUUCAGCAAAUUUCGUUCUUAUCUUCGAAUAUUUGGUGUUGAUGACAUGGUCCUCUGGCAGAAGAUCAAUAACAUAGUGAUUCUCACCCUGCUUGCUGUAACCCCCUUACCAGUGGCUUCCAAUUGCUUUGAGCUCUUUGGCUUUGACAUCCUGAUUGAUGACAAAUUCAAGCCAUGGCUUUUGGAAGUCAACUACAAUCCAGCCUUGUGUUUAGACUGUUCCAUUGAUGACACUGUGAAAAGGAAACUUCUUCAUGACAUUGUUGAACUGCUGAACUACAAGCAGAUUGACACUUUCAGGCAUAACCUAGUGGCUGGGAUAAAAGCUGGCAGAAGGCAGGUGCCGUGGAGCACAACUGGUGAAAGUGCCACCAAGGAGACUCUCAGCUUACUCACCUGCCAAAAAGUGGCUAAAUGUACUUCUGCUUCUUCUGUGCAACCUGCCAUCCAUAAGGUGGCUGCCCUGACCAAGAAAAAUGCCAGAGCACAUCCAAGAAAAACACUGACUUCCCAGCUGCGGGAAAAAAUGAACAUGCCAAAAACAUCUGCAAAAGCUGAGACUGAAAAUAAACAACGCCUAGGAACUGGGCACUCACCACAAAAGUCUGCCCAACUCAGCCACCAGUUACCUACACCUGAUUUCUGCAACUACAAGUUAACCACAUGCCCAUAUUUCAUCUCUGAUAAAGACCAGAGGCCUAUCCCCCGUGUAGGAGAUUUUGUCCUUAUUUUUCCUUUCAAUGAAGCUGUGCUUCAGGCUUCCAGGGAUGGGACAAAUAUAAAGAGCAUCAUAAAGGAAAUAAGCAAAUUAAUGAGCAGUUACCAUCACAACAGCAGAACACAAAACAAAGUGUAG